GUUUAUGUGACACUUUUCACUCUGCCAGUCAUUUUUGUGAUGAACUCGGCCGAGGUGAGCGAGUAUGAGGCCAAGCGCUUGCGCCGCAUUGAGGAGAACCGCAGGAAGCUUCAGGCGCUCAAUCUCCCCACGUUGGCAGCGCCUUUACUUCCAACUUCGAAGAACAAGAAGCGGAAACGAGAUGUCGAAGAGAAGCCAGAGGAACCAACGCGAAAGUCUUUGCGUCAACAGAAGUUGCGGAAGCGCGAGAGACAGCGUUGGAAACAAGAAGAACAUCAAUUUAAGCAGGAAAAACGAGAUCGCAUCAAGUCUGACAAGCAAGAACGGAAACGAUUUAAAAAACUCGAGAAGCAGAAGAUGAAAGAGCUCAAAAAGCAGAAGAAACUCGAGAAAAAGCUGCAAAAAGAGCUCGAGACGUCGCAAAACGAGAAGCAUGAGCACAAACAUGAGAAGGAUCAACCGAAUCAAUGUGUAACUUUAGAUCCAGUACAGCAGUUCGAGCAGCAGCCGAGGAUUCUUGACUGGAGAUUGAGGAGGAAGCUACAGGCUCAAGCGGAGAGACGAAAAGCGUCGUUGAAGAGGCGAGAAGAAAGGAAAGCACUGAGAGAGAAGGAGAACGUAGCAAAAAUGGAGCGAAAACGGAUAAAACGGGAGCUGAAGGAGAAGCAGCGAGCGAAAGAGUUAAUGGGGAGACUUUUCCUCAAGGAAGUUGAGAAACAGCAGAGAUUCGAGGAACUGGAGCUGAUGAGGGAGGAAGAUCGAUUGUCGCGACAGUACGCCAAGCAACUAAAGCGAGAGGAAAAACAGAGGGAGCGCGAAGAAAAAAUAACAGCGAAAAUCAAACUGGAAGAGGAGAUAUGGACAACUCAAAUGGAAAUUAAACGUGAAGAGGUCGAGCGACAUGAGGAGGAAACUCGCAGGUUGAAACGUGAAAAGGAGAGAAAAAAGACGGAAGCAAUUAGCAGAGAGCUGUACCCUGUGCAGCAAGUAAAUUUGCCGUUUAUACGCAUCUCGAACGCAACCAAACAGGGUAAAGUGAAGCCGACGCCACUGUUGAAAGUGGACGCAAACCUUUUCCACGGAUUUUCGUUGGGAAAGCAAUUCUUGCCUCCAGGCAAGAAUUCCGUGAUGCAGGCUCUGUGUCCUGGUGGAUAUAAUCCAGCGUUUCGCAGUGAUGGUGGCCUUCACGUGUGGCAAAACGCAAUGACUUUUUUCAUGAAUGCCACGAGUGGGAUAUUUUACCGCUAUUUGUUUCAAGAAGUAAUAGUACGUGGCCGAAAGCACGUAAUUUUCCGAUGGGCUCGCUGCCAAGAUAUCACGCCGCCGAUUUUGGAACGACUGCGUCGAGUACAAAAGGGUGAAGAACAACUCCGCUUUGACGACAACUAUUAUGACACCCCGAGUCCAACCGAUCUGAAGCCAGAACCUCUGUUGCUGUUCGUCCAGUAUCCUAAGGGCCCAUAUAUCUAUUGCGGACGGCUCGGUUAUCUUGGCUACCGAUCCAACCCGCUGGAGUUCUCAUUCCAGCUACUCGACAUCAACGCGCUGAACUGGGGGAACCUUCGUACCCUCCUCACAACCUGCUAACUAAAAAUAUGAACAAAAUAGAUUUCAUCACAACA